AUGUCGUUGACCUUUUCGUACCGAGACUGCGUUGCCGAAGUUAAUGAGUAUCUCUUGUCGACAUCCGUGAGCGACGACAAGCCAGUCUUGCUGCUGCACUGGGACCACGACGCACUUUUGCAGUUUGUGGACGCAGCUAACGAUAUAGACACCAGUGUGACCAUGCCAACCUGGCUAUCGCAACCACAAGGCAGCAUCACACCUGACUCCAUUGUCGAUAACAUGAUGACACUCCUAGUCACAAAAGCGAGCGGGCGGUUUGGUCGCGUGUUGCUAGCCCCUAAUAGCGUCGUACAGUUCGGCCAGCUUUGCGGCAUGUUCGCGUACAUUGAGAACAACACGUUCAUGCGAGCAGCAGCAGAUGCCGCAGGCAUCAAUGACGGGAUCACGCUGGCCAAGGUCUUUUGCGUGUCAACGAGUAACGUAUCCGCUGCCGUGCCCAUGGAGUUUCCGCCGUCUGAGAACCAAAGCCGACGGUUGUUUUCUUGA